CAGAAACAUUCGGCUAGAGUACAAAUUAGAGUGCAAGAUUGAUUGAGCUGCAACCUGACGCCUCAGCAAAUUGAUAGUGAUUCCAUCGAACGGUUCAUGAUAAGCGAGAAUAUUCUCAAGUGAGCGAGAGAGAGAAAGAGAGCUAACAGUUGAUACCAACCAAUCAAAGUAGGCAGUUGAUCAUCGUGUGAUCGACCGUGGACCCUGGUGAGCGUGAGCGACGUUGAGCAACUUUCCUGUGCAUAGAGAGAACAGUACAAAUUAAUUCGCCGUUCGUUUAGUGCUCAUUCGGUUUUGGAACGUUGUGAAGUGAAGUCGCUUUUAAAUCGUCUUGUGUUAAAAAAACACCGAAAACUAUCAGUCUUAUCAGUUUGUUCCAUUGUGACAAAACAAUUCCGUGUGUAUUUGUGUGAUAACUUCCAUUAGUUACCAAGUAGAAAAAAAUGUCCGGAAAGGUUGAAAACGGCAAUGCCGCAAAGCCUGCUGCCGAUGAUCAGACAGGUCUGCUGCCACAUCUCGAAUCGCUGGACCGUAUGCUGAAGCUGCCGGUGGUGGACGCAACCUGGCAACAAACCCAGAAUGUCUACGGUCGCGUAAAAGACUGCAACCCUCUGCUGACGUGGGCCCUCGGUACGGCGGAAGAUGUAGUGCACCGUGCCGUCAACAUUUCCGCCCCAUUGGUGCACAAACUUGACCGUCCACUGCAGCUGGUCGAUCAGACCCUAGUCAAGGGUAUCGAUAAGCUCGAGGUCAAUGCACCGAUCAUCAAAGAGCAGCCUCAGGAAAUUUACAACCAGGCUAAAUCGAAGGUUCUGGAAACGGUUAAGCCCUACACCGAAAAAGUCUGCGAAAUGCGCUCCGCUACCCAGCAGCGUGCUUCCUCGCUCAAGGAUCUGUCCUGGAAGAAAGCCAACGAAGUGCUGGCCACUCAGUACGGAAGCAUGGCGGUUUCCGGAGUUGACACUACAGCUCAGCUAGCCGAACGUUUGCUAGAUUACUACUUCCCGAAGAGUGAGGGCGACAUCGAGUACGAUAAUGCAGCCAUCUCCGCCAAGGAUGACCCCGUGCUGCACACCGUACAAACCGUUGGACGCCUAUCGAACAAGGUCGCCCGUCGUGUCUACCGAACCGUUUCCAAACAGGUCAAAUCUCUCCGCAAGGAAGAUGUCAAAGACUACGUCGCAACCCUGAUCGCCGUUCUACGCCUCACCCAGUACCUCAACUUCAUCAACGACAAACGUCAGCAGCAAGCCGUCGAAGCUGCACCGAGCUCAUCCGCCACAACCGCAUCCGAUGUAGUAGCCACCACCAACAGCAGCCAGACGCUGAAGGAAAAGCAACAGCAGAAGCGACAGCAGAAUAGCAACAACACGACAUCCUCGGCCACCUCAACCCCUGCAACUAACGCGACUAACAACACCACCUCCUCGUCCUCCUCCUCCGCCGUCGGUUCGGCAGCAUCCAAUGAUGUAACCACGAACAAUAGCAGCAAUGGACCAAAGGAGGAUCAGAAGCAGUAAUGGGAACCGGACUGCCGGAACCUUCAGCCGAAUAAUCGAAGAAGUUACUGAACUGAUUAACUAACGGUAGAUUUACUAGUUUAUUCUUGAUGCUUUUUUUUUGCUAUUUUAAGUCGUGUUGGCAGGGAGAACAAUUCAGCGGCGUUGAAUGUUCUGUCCAAACUGUUCCGAUUCCGAGAUGGAUGCAUGAAAACUGAAUGAAUGAAUGUUGUGAUGGAUGUUUUCUGUUGAAUGGCAAACUGCCUUGUUUAGGCUUUUUUCCCCGGGGAGUUAAAUUUAAGAGAAGUUUAUAUUUUUCAUCUAUUAGAUAAGCAAUAUAUAUGUUCAAGAGAGCUCUAUUAAUGUUUACUCAAUUCAUCAUAAUCGUUUAAUGGCAAAAUUAAAUACAUUGCAGGUUAUUGUAUACAAUCGUAAA